GAAUGUUUUUAUUUACAAAAAUCAGCUGUUCUCCACACUAUCACAUUUUCACAUUUUUUUCCCGUCUUCUUCUAUUUACUUCGGAAUUUACUUUUCGUGUCAAACGCCUCGGAAGAAUAUAACAAUUUUAGUAUCGUUCGUUCUCCACAUUGCGCGUGGUUCGAUGCCUUCCGUCGCAGUUGUAAGAUUUAUGUGCUUCGCGAUUGCAACAUAGUUGAACCAUUUGGCCGUUUAAUUGCUAACGAGUAAUUGAAAAAAAUCAUCGUGUGACGGCCGCUGAGACUUUGUGGGGCACUGCGUAUGUGUUGCACAUUAUUCCCCUUUCCCGGAAAAUUUUGGGAGUAUUGCGGCGGAACUUCUUAACCCAAGAAGGGGACAAUUUAGGGCAGAUGAAUACACUGGAGGUGACAAGGACGCACUUUGUGGUGCCCACGCAAGAGACCCAAAUUGAACCUGUUGAGGAGAAUCUACUCGAUGGUCUGCAACUAGAUACACUUGCGCUUGAGACAAAGACACAAGAAUGGAAACCAAUAAGUUGGACAGAGGCAAUCCCACAAAUUCUAGCCAGCUGCCUCAUCUACUUGACUGUCAUCCAGGCAGGAAUAAAUAUGGCCUAUUCAGCCAUUCUUCUGCCACAACUUUCGGAAGCUGAAAGCCCAAUUCCCAUUACAAAAGACGAAGCAUCGUGGAUUGCAAGUCUCGUAACAAUAUCCCUGCCUAUUGGUUCCCUGGCAGCUGGUCCCAUAAUGGAUUGCAUGGGGCGCAAGAGACUCUCCCUGUAUUGCUGUUUUCCCUUUAUGCUCGCAUGGCUCCUCAUUGCGAGUGCUGAGAAUAUCUACACAAUCUACGUGGCGCGUAUUCUUGCUGGGAUGGCGGGUGGCUUUACAACAGCAGCCCUUGUUUAUGUGUCAGAAAUUAGUCAUCCCACCUUCAGACCAAUGCUCCUUGGGCUAAAUAGUGUCUUUGUGUCAUUGGGUAUCCUACUAACGUGCUUCCUUGGGCUGUUCUUUCAAUGGCGCACCAUUGCGUACAUUUUUGCCGGGAUGACCUUCAUUACACUCUGUGCCAUCCUCAUUGUACCUGAAUCCACGCAUUGGAUCAUCACAUUCCGCAAGAGGAGGAUUACGGAUGCAAGAGCAUCUCUGCGGUGGCUCUACAGGAAAACAAGUACUUACGAAGCUCAGGUACGAGAGCUCGCUAUGAGGAGUUAUAUAAAAGAAUCAGAUAAGAAUCAAUCGGUGCAAUUGCGAGGAGGCUUCAUGGGCCUAUAUCGGGAAGAGCAUGUUUAUAGGCCCUUUAUGGUUCUCCUCAUACUCUUUGUCUUCCAACAACUCUCAGGGGCAUACGUGAUUAUAUUCUACGCUGUGAAUCUUUUCCUCAAAAUUGGUGGACAAUUUGGGGAUAUAAUCAAUGAAUACGGAGCUCUUAUGCUGCUUGGUUUGAUUCGCUUCAUCAUGUCAUGUUUCAGCUCAGCUUUAGCAAGAAAAUUCGGCAGGAGAACAUUAAUGUGCAUAUCGGGGUGCGGAAUGGGGAUCUUCACCCUCAUUGCUGGUCUCUACAUGGAUUUUAGCAAUCUCAAGGAAUCCCCAGUUUUUGGGGAGAGUAACUCACCACAAGUCACAACACUCGCCCCAUCUCCCCAUGAAUUGGAUGGAAAAAUCCUUUUAAUUUGUAUUUUGGGGUAUGUCUCCUUCAGUGCUUUGGGGUACCUCGUUAUUCCUUGGACACUCAUUGGGGAGGUUCUUCCCACCGAAGUAAAGGGAAAACUUGGGGGAAUUGUAAUUUCAGCCGCCUACGUCAUGAUGUUUGGUGUAGUUAAGGCUUUCCCCUAUACAAUUGAAUGGCUAGGUGCUCAAGGGCUCUUUUACAUUUUUGCAGUAACGAGUUUUUUGGGUGUUGUGUACGUUUAUGCCGUUUUACCGGAAACUUUUGGGAAAUCUUUUGAAGAAAUUGCCAAUUAUUUCAGAGGAUCGUCUCGAUCAUAAAAAAAGAAAAUCAAAUUAUGUUCCAAAGAAGAAGAAAACAUAGUCACAAAGUUUUUAUUACUAGUUUAGGAUACUUUUUUUUUAAAUUAAAUAAAAAUUAAUCAGACAAUAACCAAACGAUGUCAUUGUGAUGGAUUUUAUUUAGGAAUAAAUGUUAGUUGUAUUUUA